AUGGUCGCUCUUUAUCGGGUUUUAUGUCUCGUUGACGCUAUCUGCAAAGAAUACACCAAGCGUCUUGUCAUCAGCCGCACAACUAGCGGAAACACUGGAAAGAACGCCAUAUAUCAGUCAACUCUGGAGCUGUACUGCUUGCGACUAUCUCUCCUCUAUCCAGGAAAGGUCAAUUACUUCAAUGAUACCGUCUAUGCAGAGGAGCAGCUGUACUGGUCUCAGCAACAGCAGCGAACCUUACCUGUAUGCCGAUUCACGCCCACCCAAGCGUCCGAGGUAUCCGCGGCCAUUAUCUUGGUACGCACUACGAAAUGUCAUUUCGCAGUCAAGAGCGGAGGACACGCGGCGUUUGCGGGCGCCUCAAAUAUUCAGGAUGGACUUGCCAUUGACCUCAGCGGACUCUCAGUCUUGAAACUUUCGAGCAAUAACUCAAUCUUGUCGGUUGGCCCAGGAAACAGGUGGGAAGACGUCUACUUGUUCCUUGAUCCAUUUAACCUCUCAGUCAUCGGCGGACGUGUUGGUGACAUCGGGGUCGGAGGGCUCACGCUCGGCGGCGGCAUUUCGUUCUUCUCGCCCUUCCAUGGGUGGGCCUGUGACAACGUCGCUAACUACGAAGUCGUACUCUCCAACGGCUCUGUAGUCAAUGCUAAUAGCACGUCGAAUCCGGACCUCUAUUUUGCCCUGAGAGGCGGAGGAAACAACUUCGGCGUUGUAACCAGAUUCGACCUUGAGACGUUCCCGCAUGGCGACAUGUGGGGGGGCCAAGUAUAUCAUCCUAUCCAAACGAACCGCUCACAGUUCGAGGCAUACCAUUGGUUCGCCGAGAACUUAAAUUCAGAUCCAAACGGCGCCCUUACCGUUACUGCAGUGGCUGCUCCCGAAUACGGCUUCCUGUUCGCGAACAACUACGAGUACGCUCGGCCUGUUGAGAAUCCGCCUAUAUUUGACAAUUUCACCUCCAUCACGAACUUCUCAUCCACGAUACGGAUAACGCGCCUGCCUGAUCUUGUCGAAGAGCUGAAGGACGCGCAAGACUACGGCUUCAGGCAGAUGUAUAUCACCGCGACAUUCAAGAACGACGUACAGUUGAUGAGCGACAUCUUCGACAUGUGGCAUGCGGCCGUCGACCCUAUUUUUACGGAGGUUGCAGGCUUGGUCGCUGCUCUGGUCUUCCAGCCCGUAACUCCGAGGGUCAUCGAGAAGUUUGGCAAGAAUGGCGGGAACGCGCUUGGUAUCAACCCGGACGAUGGAUCGCUUACGAUUUGUUUGAUGCUCUUUCAAUGGAGCAACCAGAACAACGAUACCUUCAUCAUCAACACGCUGGAAAGUAUUGUCAGCCGAGCGAACACGAUCGCUAAAUCCCGCGGCCUCUACCACCGAUAUGUCUAUCAAAACUAUGCGUACAUCAGCCAAGAUGUGUUUGCAGGGUACGGACCGGAAAAUAAAGCUCGGCUGCUUGAGAUCCAACAAGCCUAUGACCCUGAGAAAGUCUUCAUGGAUUUGCAACCGGGCUACUUCAAGUUGAGAGAGUAG